AUUGUAUUUUGCAGCUGCGUUCUGUCUGUUGCUUCUUUGACGGUUUAUCCGUAAAAUACAGCUGUACGUGUGGGCAAUUUAUGCCUGUUCUUUUCUUGUUUAAAGUGUAAGUGUAAUAAUUCUUAUCUUGUAUAUUUUUUCCGGUUCAUAUUUUUUUAUUUUAACGAGGGAGAAAUAUUGCCAAAUUCAUUUGUCUUCAAAAUACGACGCAAAAGGAGUAGAGUAGUUUAAGAAAUUGAAUUACGCGCGGCAAGUUCUUCAUGAAUGGAGGAAAUAGCGUAAAGCGGCCUGCGUACGAUUCGGGGGUGGUGCACCCCUGCGCAUGUGCGACUCCCGCGCGACUUCGCUACCCUUCCUUCGAUCGCGUUACCAGCCCGAGUUCGUUGGAGGAUAGUCCAUCUUAUCGGAUAAACGAUAGCACAGGCUGCGAUGUCUGUCUGUCUGUUGUUUCCCCCCGCCGCGGAAACCCCAUUGCCUCCAUUUUCUCUUUCGGUGGCGGACACGAACCAAAUAGCGAGGGCGGCGAUUUCUUAUCAAACAUGUACAACUCUCCCUUAAUAAAUAAUCGACAGGGCAAAGUGGGACGACACUGUGUUUCCAUCGAUAAGCAUCAGACUCGUAAAAUAUUUUUACUAUUGGAAAAAUAUCAGGUUUUAGUUUGUUUUUUUGGUUAAAUCUUCAUUAAAUAAUUUUCAGGAAGAAGGGACAAAUGUUUGUCGUGAAUGAUCUCCAUGACAAUUCGAUUUGAUAAUUCGAAAAUAAAUUCUACCGUACUCAUGCUUUGUGUUUUCGCGAGAGCUAAGAGAAACGCGUAAAUUGUCGAUUAACGCUAGAAGUAGCUCUUGAUUUCGGUGACUUGUACAUUCACCGUUCAUCGCUUUUUCAUCCGCGUUUUUAUCGAGUGCCUUGAUGAAUAUCGCGCUACCGUUAUCGCGCACCCUUUCGAACGGAUCUGCGACUCGAGCGUGUCCGUUUCGCAUUAAAACCGUCUCCGGGAUGCGAGCACGGAGAGGGGAGCCUCGCAAAAUGGGCCCUCUUCUUCGGGCCCCGAGGAGGCCUCGCGACGAGGCCCGGCGCGAGACGAGAGCCGUUGCAUUUUCAGAACGGUACUCCUAACUGUAUCUCGCAUAUGUAUACGCGCGUACGUGCGCCACGCCGCUCACCUGUCGGCCAGCCACGCGCGCCGAUCGCCGAACAACAGCAGCCGAUGAACUCACCGCGCGACCGGUGGCGGUGCGGCCAUUGAUCAAGAGACGAGAACUAGUGCAGCUCGUUAGAACCAUCUAUUAUGGAACAAAUAGCUUUUAUUCAUAUCAAAUUUCCUCAAUUCUUGCAUCGAGAUUCGAUAUUCCGAGGACUGCACUUGAAUGGGUUAAAGAAGCCGCCCGUGCUUCAAAGAAGGAUGCACGAGGACGAGAAGAAGACGGAGACGGUUAGCGGAUCUUCUUCUACGCAGGUACUUACGUACAUGCGGGUCGCGUGUACGGAUACUCACGUAAUGUGGGCCCGUUUGCUGGGAGAUACCGUAAGACCUUGCGGUGUUACGUCACAGCGAUAGAGAAACGGCAUGGUUAGGAAGCGGAAAAGGUGGAUGGCGCACAAAGGACGACGGAGAAAGGGGCGAAGGAGAAAGGAGGGGCAUCUAGCGCAAAAAUAAACUCUGCGUGCUCCAAAUUAGAAUUCGCGACACGUUACGCCAGCAAACGUUAUUUUUAUUCGCUAAACACCAUGUACCAUCAUUCAGAUUUUAUUUAGUUUUGUGAAAAAAUUUUUUGGCCUUUUAUCGACAAUAUAGAGACAAAUAAAAAUAAUUAUGCCUUUAUAAUUAA